UCUGUUAGACGGCGCUGUCAUUCAACAUGGCGUCCUCCUUGAGAGAGCGACAAAUUUCGGCUUUGAAACGUAUGUUGAAUUUUAAUGUCCCAGCUACCAAAGCUACCACAACAGAACCGCAAUGGAAAGUCUUGGUAUACGACAGAUUUGGUCAGGAUAUAAUUUCACCUCUUUUAACGGUGAAGGAACUAAGGGAUAUGGGUGUAACUCUUCACCUGAAACUGCACUCUGAGCGUGAUCCUAUACCAGACGUGCCGGCUAUUUACUUUGUGAUGCCAACAGACGACAACAUUCGUCGGAUCGGACAAGAUUUCCAGGGUCAGUUAUAUGAAACGUACUACCUUAACUUUAUAUCGGCUAUUUCUCGACAACGACUGGAAGAAAUUGCCAGUGCUGCCAUUCAUAGCAACUGUGUAUCACAAGUGGCGAAAGUUGUUGACCAGUACCUAAAUUUUAUAUCGCUGGAAGAUGAUAUGUUUACCCUUCGUCACCAAGAUAGGGACAGCAUAUCAUACUAUGCGCUGAACAAAGGGGAUGUGAAAGACACAGAAAUAGAACAGAUAAUGGACACAAUUGUGGACAGCUUGUUUUCUGUGUUUGUGACCCUUGGGUCUGUUCCUAUUAUCCGGUGUCCAAGAGGAAAUGCAGCCGAAAUGGUGGCAGAAAAACUAGACAAGAAGCUCAGAGAAAACAUCAGAGAUGCACGAAGUAGUUUCUUCACGAGUGACAGUAUGCAAGCUGGACAGUUUUCUUUUCAACGGCCAUUGCUUGUUCUACUUGAUCGAAAUUUAGAUCUGGCAACAAUGCUGCAUCACACCUGGACUUACCAAGCACUUAGUCAUGAUGUAUUUGAUUUACAGUUGAAUAGAGUUGAAAUUGAGGAAUCAGUCGAGUCUAAGAUUCCAGCAGGUGGAGUCGUAAAGAAAAAGAAGUCGUAUGAUCUGCAGCCUUUUGACAGAUUCUGGCAGGCAGAGAAAGGAAGUCCAUUCCCAGCAGUAGCAGAGGCAGUCCAAGUAGAACUGGAUUCCUACAGGACACAGGAAGGUGAAGUAAAGAAGCUAAAAGCUGCCAUGGGUAUAGAAGGAGAGGAUGAGUCAGCUAUCAGUAUGCUGUCUGAUCACACAGCCAAACUCACAUCCACAGUGAGUUCUCUCCCAGAACUGCUAGAGAGAAAGCGUCUGAUCGACCAACACACCAACAUAGCCACAGCCCUGCUGGAGCAAAUCAAAGCCAGAAAACUGGAUGUGUAUUUUGAAACAGAAGAAAAAUUGAUGGGGAAAUCAGUACUGGAUCAAUCUCUGAUGGAUAUUAUAAAUGACCAUGAAUCGGGAACCCCCCAGGAUAAGGUCAGAUUGUUCAUUAUUGCAUUACUGUGUGGACCACCUAUGUCUGACGCGGAGAUUGAUCAAUAUCUCAUAGCUUUAACUGGUGCCAACUGUGACACUUCAGCCAUCAGUUACAUCCGAAAAUGGAAGGCAUAUACCAAAAUGACGGCCGCCCCAAGUCAGUAUGCAGGAGGAGGUACCAAAACAGUGGGUAUGUUCUCCAAAUUGAUGAGUACAGGAUCACAAUUUCUCAUGGAGGGAGUGAAAAACUUAGUCAUCAAAAAGCAUAAUUUACCAACAACAAGAGUUGUGGAUGCUUUAAUGGACAUGAAAUCUCUGCAGGAUGUGGAUGAUUUUCGUUACUUUGAUCCCAAACUUCUGCGAUUUGAUUCCUCUGCAAUCCCAAGAAAUAAAUCACCAUUCCAAGAGGCUUUUGUGUUCAUGGUAGGAGGAGGUAACUACAUUGAAUAUCAGAAUCUAGUGGACUACGCUAAAAACAAAUCCAGCACAGGUGCUCCACGUAAAGUAGUGUAUGGAUGUAGUGAUCUGACCAAUGCUACACAGUUCUUGAGACAGCUGGAGAGGCUGGGGUCAGAAAAUUAAUACAUGAUUUAGUGUUAAUGUUGUAAAUUAAGUAUAGAUAUUUAUUGUUUUUAUUAUGUACAGUUUAACCUAUCGUGGUAUAUGUUUAGAACCAUGUGAAAAUUCAUGCUUUAUUUUUUUUUUUUUUGACAUAAAAACUAUUUUACAAGAAUCUUUGGCUGUGAACAUCAUUUGCAACUACAUUGUCCAAUGAAUUUGAUUGAGAUUAAAUAAAUAUAUGAAUAAUGA